AAAAGUGAAACCACUGAAACUCCAAUAUCUGUUAUUCCCUUGACGCGCGCAGAACAUAUUCAGAUAUCUCGACAGAAUCUGUAGUUCAGACAAACAAUUGGGAAUCACGCCAUAAUUUCUUGGCUCUUGAGGAGGUAAAACAGCGGUUUUGCUUUGCUUCAGCUUUGCUUUGUUUCCAGAAUUAAUCAAUAAUGAAUAUUUCCUCGGAAUACAGCGCGAAUACUUCAAUUGACUCCGCAGACGAUUGCGUCCUUCCGCAGACGCAUGGCGUGCUUCUUAUGAUAGUUAAUUCUAUAGCAGCCGUGGUCGGAACCUGUGGAAACAUUAUGGUUUGUAUUGCGGUGCUCACGAGCACUCGUCUUCGUCGCAGCUCCAACUUCCUUCUUCUCAGCCUGGCCAUUGCUGAUUUGGUAGUGACAAUGAUCUGCGAGCCUUUGGUAGCUGCUAUAGUCGCUAAGAGAGCGUUUUCCCAUGAUUGUGCAUCCAGCUUGGAGCUUGCUUACGUUAUCGGCUCAAACCUCUCGUGCUCUGCAUCAGUCAUGCACCUGGCAGCCAUUAGUGUGGACCGUUUCCUUGCCGUUGUCUACCCUCUUCGCCAUGGACGGAUCAUGAACGGUUCUGGUUUGAAGAUCAUGUUAGGAGUUGUCUGGGUCGUAUCUAUCAUUUUCGCUUCAUGCCGCAUUCCAUUCCUUAAGGAGACAUCUUAUCUAGUCUUCGUAAUGUUUGUAAUAAGCUAUGGGUUGAUAAUUAUCUGCUACGCGACCAUCGUGACUUUUCUUGUUAAAGAAAAGCGAAGAAAAAAUAAACUCAGAGCACGACCCACAGUAGUCGUUAAUUCCAAAAUCGAGCGCCGCGUGGCGUCCACACUGGCAGUGGUAAUAGCUAUCUUCACCGCAUGUUGGCUGCCGAUGAUUGUCGUGUUCUUUGCUGCUGGUAAAUCCCUUGUUAAGAUGUAUGGCACUGCUUACAUGUGGAUCCGAUCCUUGGCACUUUCAAAUUCAGCCAUGAACUUCAUCAUCUACAGUGCAAGGAUUCGUGACUUCCGGGAUGCUUACGCUCUAAUAUGCCGAAAGACUCUCCAUUGCUCAUGAUAAUUCGGUCGAUAUAGAGAGUAUCAAGGCUUGAGAUACGAACUAACUUUAAAUGUAAUAGUCAAUCGUUAACUUCUGAUUCAAGACCGGCAAAAAAAAUGAUAAAAUUAACGGUGCGGAAUGCAUCAAGAGGAAGCAAUAAAGAAACGUUGUGAAUUUGUGAAUUUCGAGGUAAACACAUAACAGAUAUUCUGAGCCUUGAGAGAUCUAGAGACACUGGUUCUAAAUGUUUUUUCCUUUAGACCUGACAUAAAAAUCGGCGAGGCAAAUGUUGCAGUGUUAGAAAUCUAGAAACAUCGGUCAAUAUUUUAGGUCAAAAUUU